AUGCAAGAAUCUAUCACCAAUUUUGACAGAUAUGUGAACGAAGACGAACUUAACUACGGGACCCCCGGCUCCCCGGUGAUUGGCGACUGUACGUCCUUGUUCGACGAUCGGAGCGAGACUUCUGCGAACGACGUCCUUCCAUUGCUGCAGUUGGACAACUGGAACCCUGAUCUGUCUUACAACGAGUCUCCUCCCACGAGCAUUCACUACACGAUCGAGUGGAAGCUGUUGCUGAACGGAGGAAGAACAACCAAGUUGACUAACGAUACCGAAAAGGAUCUUGUCCUCGCGCCCGGUGCAUUCUGGGACAGGUGCCUGAAGUCCAAAGUUGAGGACGUCCUGAAGAAGAAGACGCCGCCCCGAAAGUCCUAUAAACUUGACGAAACAAAUAUUAUCGUAUCCACAACUGAACGCGGUGAACGUGACUUUACCAAGCGAUUUGAUGAACUGGACAUAGAUUGGCAGGUCAUCGAGAGGCAGCUAGAAGACUGGAGCGACCUAUUCCGAGCCGGGAAAAAGCUGCGCAUCGAGAUCUCGUUCAUCUUGGAACGAAAUGGUAUCAUCGAAGGGCAACAGGCUGCCGGACAGCCUACGGUCUGGGCAGCUGUCUACCAGCUCUUGAGAUGCUCGGGCCAUCCAUGCAAGAACCAGGGAGGCUAUUGCUUUCGUGAUCCCGACAGCAAACGGCAUUUCCCACUCGACACAAGCGUCAUGACAAAGCUUGUGCGCUUCGCGGAGGAUGGAAACGUGCUUGAUACACACAAAGACGUGCCCGAGGCCAUUCGCGAGUUGAUAUACGCCAAGGCGCAUGAAACCUCAGAGCGCAAGCAGAAGCGGAAGGCAUCGUCGGAACAUGCAGAAGCCAGUCGUCCAAUCAAGAUUGUAAAUGUGUUGCCUUCAUCCUAUCGCCAAGACUCGCCGGACAGCGCUGCAAGCUCAGGUUCUGAUCGAUCAACGUCCACGCGACACACCAUCGACCUCCAGAUCCCCGAGCCAAGGGACACGGCGAUUCGUACAUACUGCCAAUGGCAGUGCAACCGAGUCACAGGGGCCGAUUGGAAAAAGGGGUUCCAAAAGGCAUAUUCAGUUGCCAUGAAAGAGUUUAUGGAUCUGACGCAUAUUUUUGAGGAGGGCGACGUUGAUGGGUGA